GCCUGGAUGGUGGGCAGUGCCUUGGCUAUGCAUCCUUUCUCCCUUCGUGUGGAUGCAGGGCUGCACUGGCAGCCAGGCCACCUCAGAUGGCGGUGACCUGUGCACCUGCUCCCGGGAUACUCAGACUGCUAAGAGGACACUGAUGUGUGCUUUCAUUUUUAUGGCCCAAGCCACAGAAAUAAUUACAGCUGUUUUUUUCUUUUUCUGAGAAGAGGCUCUGUGUGUUUGCAAAAGAACAAUGUGACUGCAAGAUCCAGCUCCCUGAGUCCUGAGAGCGCAGGGCCUCAGCUGCCCAGUCUUGCAGUCCUGGAAUCAGGCUGUGUCCUCCUGUCUCAGCCUGCCUUUUCCUAUGCUGCACACACUGGCGCAUGCGUGCACACUGUCUCACACCCUCCCCUUUCCCCUCCUCUGCUGUGUGUCCUGCCUUCCUGGUGACCUGUGCCCUGCGCUCAGAUGCAGCAGCCCUACAAGGAGGGCAGCCAAGAGUGAGGAGCGGCGGGAAACCAUGGGCAACGCCGUCCUGCGGGCACUUGGUUGCAUGGGAAAGAAUCAGAAGAAGAACAGGAAGGAGAACCGAGGUGUGAAAAGGAAACGGCAGGAAGUGACCACAUCUGAAGGAGAAAUUCAAGGCCAUGAUGAGAAAAGUAAAGAAUUGCCCUGUGCUUCUAAUCAGGCACAGGACGAGGCCGGCAGCAGCUCUGAGGACUUGUGCUACACAGUCAUUAACCACGCGGCCCAGCGGUGGCCAUCCCUGGCCUCCACUGACCAUGGCUAUGAGAACGUGAGCACCACCAGGAGAGGCGGGAGGCGCUUCCGGGAGGAGUCGGAAACCGAAUAUGCCCUGCUCAGGACGGCGGCCAUGGGCCCCUGCUCCUGCACUCCGGAGCACGACUAUGAGCUGGUACUGCCCCAGUGACGCCAUGCCCAAGGUGCAGCAGAGGGAGCCUACAUCCUGCGGCUGGCUGGGAGCUGCCCGGUGCACCGAAGAUACGGACAUUGACUGAGUGACUGUCAGAUCUGGGGCUUCCUUCAUAAGCCCUGAGGGCGCUGAGCUGGUGAAGGGCUUCUGGGACAGAAAGACACUCAGAGCUGUCCCAGCCUCUCCGGGGCCAACGGGGCUCUCCGGACUCAGAUGUGCCCUGGGCGCCUGGCUUCACUUGUGAGGUGCAGGAGGCUGAAAACACCAGACCAGAGAAAGGCGCUGCCACCCGGAUACUGACUUCAGUUUUGCCUUUGUGUGGCUUGAAGAAUCCUGUUUUGUGGUCAGAGCUCAGGAAUCGUUUUUUCUUUAAACACUGUCCUUUCUGAGAGGAGGCAGACUGUCUCUCAGGACACAAAGCUGAAACGCUUGUCUACCCAGAGUCUUUUCUGUCCCAUAGUAGAUGGGAGGAUUCUGUUAAAGAGUAGCAGAAAAUGAGAAACAAAAUCAAACUUGUACGUACAGCUUUGUUCACAGCGUUGAUUUGAUUGAACUUGUGACUGGAUGCCUCUUCUGAGGGAACAGAGUCUGGCUUUAAAAUCCCAGACACGUGGUGGAUAAUCCAUCUAUUUUUACUGCCCCAAUGAAUUUUUAUAUUACAUUAGAGCUUUCUAGGAAAUAAGCACCCAAAGGCCAUAAAAGUCGAAGCAUUUGUGAGGUUUUCCUCUGAGCAUCCUUCAGCGGCCGAACUCUCAGUACUGACACUUCUGUUGUUGCCUGCAAGUUUCCUUUGGGGAAGUCAGUGUGCAGAAGAGUUUCACAGAAUAAAAGUCACCCUGCCUGGAAA